AGCACCGCGGUGUCUGCUCCUGCUUUCUCUGCCUUCUGAUUCUUCAUCAACGCUCUGCGAGGUAGACAACGGACAUGUCCUCCAGCUCUGCUUUUAGUGAAGAGAAGGGGGGCUCCUCCAGCGUCGGGGAGCCUGAAUAUGGUCACGACCCAGCGAGCGGCGGGAUCUUCUCCUCGGACUAUAAGCGGCAUGAUGACUUGAAGGAGAUGCUGGACAGCAACAAAGACUCCCUGAAGCUGGAGGCGAUGAAGCGGAUUGUGGCUAUGAUUGCCCGGGGCAAAAACGCAUCAGACCUUUUCCCCGCCGUGGUAAAAAACGUGGCGUGUAAAAACAUUGAGGUGAAGAAGCUGGUCUAUGUUUACUUGGUGCGUUAUGCAGAAGAGCAGCAGGAUCUUGCCCUUCUCUCAAUUUCUACGUUCCAGCGUGGAUUAAAGGAUCCCAAUCAGCUGAUCAGAGCCAGCGCCCUGCGUGUCCUGUCCAGCAUACGAGUUACCAUUAUUGUCCCCAUAAUGAUGCUGGCCAUCAAAGAAGCUGCUUCAGAUAUGUCUCCCUAUGUCAGGAAGACUGCUGCCCAUGCUAUCCCCAAACUCUACAGUUUGGAUCCUGAGCAAAAAGAUCAGCUUAUAGAAGUGAUAGAGAAACUCCUGGCAGACAAAACUACUCUGGUGGCUGGAAGCGUGGUGAUGGCCUUUGAGGAGGUUUGCCCGGAGCGCAUCGAUCUGAUCCACAAAAACUACAGGAAGCUGUGCAACCUGCUGAUCGACGUGGAGGAGUGGGGGCAGGUCGUCAUCAUCAAUAUGUUGACCCGCUACGCAAGGACCCAGUUUCUCAACCCAAACGUCAAUGAGACUCUGCUAGAGGAGGGAGGCGGUGGGGAGAAGACCUUCUAUGGUUCAGACGAAGACGAGGAUGAGGAAGAUGAGGAGAAGCAGGGAGGAAUUAGGAGGUGUUUAGAGGGAGAGGAGAAGAAAGCAGAGGCCGCAGCAAUGGCCAAGAGGAAGCCGUACGUCAUGGACCCCGACCACCGGCUACUGCUGAGGAACACCAAGCCUCUACUGCAGAGCCGCAACGCCGCUGUGGUGAUGGCCGUGGCUCAGUUGUAUUUCCAUCUGGCCCCGAAAGCAGAAGUGGGUGUGAUUGCCAAAGCAUUGGUCCGUCUGCUUAGGAGCCACAGUGAAGUCCAGUACGUAGUUCUUCAGAAUGUGGCAACCAUGACCAUUAAAAGGCGGGGCAUGUUUGAACCAUACCUGAAGAGCUUCUACAUCCGCUCCACAGACCCAACUCAGAUAAAAAUCCUAAAGCUGGAGGUCCUUACAAAUCUGGCCAAUGAGACAAACAUUUCCACCAUCCUCAGGGAAUUUCAGACUUACAUUAAAAGUAUGGACAAAGAUUUCGUGGCUGCAACAAUUCAGGCUAUCGGUCGCUGUGCCACCAACAUCGGAGAAGUCAGAGACACGUGUUUGAACGGUCUGGUGCAGCUGCUGUCCAAUCGAGAUGAGCUGGUGGUAGCCGAGUCAGUGGUUGUCAUCAAGAAGCUGCUACAGAUGCAGCCAGAAAAGCACAGCGACAUCAUCAAGCACAUGGCCAAACUCACCGACAACAUCCAGGUUCCGAUGGCCCGAGCCAGUAUCCUGUGGCUGAUUGGAGAAUACUGUGAGCACGUGCCAAAGAUCGCUCCAGAUGUCUUGAGGAAGAUGGCCAAGUCGUUUACCAAUGAAGAGGACAUUGUGAAGCUACAGAUCCUAAAUCUGGCUGCAAAGCUCUAUCUCACCAACUCUAAACAGACUAAAUUGUUGACGCAGUACGUUCUCAACUUGGCCAAGUACGACCAGAACUAUGACAUCCGUGAUCGGGCGCGGUUCAUUCGGCAGCUCAUAGUGCCCAUUGAGAAGAGCGGAGCUCUCAGCAAGUAUGCCAAGAAGCUUUUCCUGGCUCUGAAACCUGCACCUGUGCUUGAGUCUCCAUUUAAAGAUAGAGACCACUUCCAGUUGGGUUCCCUUUCCCACCUGCUGAAUGCCAAAGCUGGGGGCUACCAGGAGCUGCCUGACUGGCCCGAAUCCGCCCCCGACCCCUCCGUGCGCAACGUGGAGACAGAAGAAGUCAUAACCACCGGAGAGGGACGGAUCGGCCUCCUGGGGGAUUGGCGAGAGGUGCCCUGUUUGAGAGUGCAGUGGUUUUAGCUCUGAUGGCUAUUCUGUUUUCCUACAGAUUCCAUUUUUUUAACUGAUCCUAUUUUCAGCUGUCUGGAAGCUGUUACAGUGAGGGAAUUCUGCCAACAAAGCAACCAUGUUAAAACAUUCGGCGCUCUAAAUAACGUCUACUGGUUAAGUUCAUCCAUGGAUGAACUUUGGAUGGCAAAUAUAGACACUUUUAGCAAUGCAUCAGUCAAAGAAUGUUGCCCUUCAUACACAUAUUUUCUGCAGAAGACCCUCUUUCUCCCCCCUUUCCUCUGCUCCACCUGCUUGAAAGUUGUAAAACAUUUUUUUUUUUAUGAUAGCUAUUUCUUUGGAUCUUCCUCAACCUUCUGAGUCUUCAUCUUUCACCUACCACUCAUUGUGGUCAUUUUUUUUAUUUCUGUGUCCUGUUUUGUUGCUAGACCCUUUUCAAAGUUAUUGGCACCGGGGUAAAGAUGUGUAAAAAGCCUUGAAAUCAAAUCUUCUUUUACUCUAGUAGCUUUAUAGAAAUUAGCUUUGAACCUGAACCAAACCUUUGAUAUAGGCAGUUAUUCAGCAGAAAAGAUCACUUUAUGUUAAGAAAUGGUUGAAAUGGUCAACCCUAGUAGCUGCUAUCAGCUACAGGGGUUUUAGAAAAAAAAAAGAUGCACCUAGUAUUCAGGGAGAGACAGACAGUAGGAGAGUUCAAAACAUUUAUUGAAACAUCCCAGGAGGACCCGAAGGAAGUCGAUCCUGGACAGGGUUACAGAAGAGGCAUGAACAGACAGGAGACAGGAUCCAGAUCACGCAGGAACAGACAGGAGGCAGGAUCCAGAUCAUGCAGGAACAGACAGGAGACAGGAUCCAGAUCAGCCAGGAACAGACAGGAGACAGGAUCCAGAUCAGGCAGGAACAGACAGGAGACAGG